UUGUUCCAAAGACCGAAUGCCCUUGCUGUUCAGCAGCUCACAGCAGCGCAGCAGCAGCAGUACGCGUUGGCAGCUGCCCAUCAGCCUCACAUAGCAGGUUUAGCGCCUGCUGCCUUUGUCCCCAAUCCGUACAUCAUCAGCGCUGCUCCACCGGGAACAGAUCCGUACGCAGCCGGACUUGCAGCGGCUGCGACAUUAGGCCCGGCGGUUGUCCCUCACCAGUACUAUGGAGUUACACCCUGGGGAGUUUAUCCUGCCAGUCUCUUCCAGCAGCAAGCCGCUGCAGCUGCCGCUGCAACUAAUUCAGCAAAUCAGCAGACCACUCAGCAAACCCAGCAGGGCCAACAACAGGUUCUCCGUGGAGGAGCCAGUCAGCGUCCUUUGACCCCAAAUCAGAACCAGCAGGGACAGCAGACUGAUCCGCUGGUGGCCGCUGCAGCCGUCAAUUCUGCCCUUGCCUUUGGGCAAGGGCUGGCAGCAGGGAUGCCAGGUUACCCAGUGCUGGCUCCUGCUGCUUACUAUGACCAAACGGGUGCUCUCGUGGUGAAUGCAGGGGCCAGGAAUGGCCUGGGGGCCCCUGUCCGUCUGGUAGCCCCUGCUCCAGUCAUCAUCAGCUCCUCCGCAGCUCAAGCAGCGGUUGCAGCUGCUGCAGCUUCGGCCAACGGUGCAGCGGGCGGCCUGGCAGGAACGACAAACGGACCAUUUCGCCCUUUAGGAACUCAGCAACCUCAACCCCAACCCCAGCAGCAGCCCACCAACAACCUGGCAUCCAGCUCAUUUUACGGCAACAACUCUCUCAGCAGCAAUUCCCAGAGCAGCUCGCUCUUUUCUCAGGGCUCUGCCCAGCCUGCCAACACUUCCCUGGGAUUUGGAAGCAGCAGCUCUCUCGGUGCCACGCUGGGGUCUGCGCUGGGAGGAUUUGGGACAGCGGUUGCUAACUCAAACACUG